UGCAGUGUUUGAUGACGGGCAAGCCGCCAGGAGGAGGAUGUAUGUGCAAUCUAGCAUGCCCGAUGAUCGCUAUAUUUACUGUGAGGAAUGCAAGGAACGUUACGAAGGGGAGUGCCCGCUGCACCCCUUCACCGUCAUCGAAGACAAACCCGUACCUGCGGAGUGCGAGAACCGGGCCAGAUUAACGCUCCCGGACUUCCUCUCUAUCUCACACUCUGGAGUGGAGGGGUGCGGGGAAGGGGUGUGGGCCGAAAAGCACAUACCCAAAGGGGUGCGGUUUGGUCCCUACGCCGGGGAGAUCGUUAGCAACGAUGCCGGCUACUGGAGCGGAUAUGCUUGGGAGAUAUGCGUCCAGGGCAAAGUGAUUCAUUGCAUCGAUGGCAAGGACGAGAGGAAAGGAAACUGGCUUCGCUUUGUCAACUGCGCCCGUAACUUGGCAGAGCAGAAUCUGGUGGCCUUCCAGCACCUUGGAGAGAUCUACUAUCACACCUGCAAGCCCAUCGAGCCUGGAACGGAACUACUGGUCUACUACGGUGAGGAAUUCGCCAAGAAGCUGGACGUUGUCUCGGAACUUACCAGCCUUAUGUAUGACUCAAAAUCUGGAACAUACAAGUGUGAGUUCUGCGGUCGGCUGUUCACCAUCGCGAUCUACCUUGCCCGCCAUCUCCGUUACUCCCACAACAAAGUAAUCAGAGGUUCUUCAACCAGUCAUCACGUGGUCAAGAGCAUUGACAGACAGACCCUUGCAGCUAUGGUGGCUGAAGCAGAGGUGUACAAUCAACUAGCAGCCAACAGUGAGGCCUUUACAGGUCAAAGGUCGGAGUUUGGAGGUCCGGGUUCGGAGGAGAGGGAUCAGGAUUCAGAGUUAGGGGAUCAGAGUGCAGAACUCGCAGGUCAAAGUUCAGGGGUGGGAGGUGAGACGUAUGAGAAUGGAGGAGACAACUCCAGUGAGCCGGCGCAUAUGAGUGAGAGCUCUCAAGGUUAUGAGGAUGCAGGUCAGGGUUCGGAGUAUUAUGACCAAAGGGGUCAGAGGUCAGAUGGAGAGAGUGAGAGUGUGGGUGGUUACGCCACAAGUAAUGGUGAGCCCAUGAUGGAUCUUGAUAUGCAAAGGUAUAGGGAUUUUGAAGCAAAUGAUGGGAAUAGGGGUGUAGAGGUUGAGAGGGGAGAUGGUGUAGGUGGUGCAGAAGAUGCAGCGGAAGCAGGGAAAGGGUAUGUGUGUGGCGUUUGUGGGCAGCAGUUCGCUCUCGAGCUGGUCUACAAUGCUCACAUGAUAACACAUAGUGUUGUCGAUGGUCAGAGGUGUGAGUUAUGCGGUGAUCUGUUUCCAACGAAGGAAGAUCUUCUUGGCCAUGCCUGUAUGCAGGGGUCAAGAGUUGCUGAGAACGGGGACAACCAAUCACACUUGGAUGCCAACAAGCCGUUCGUCUGCACGUUUUGCGGCAAACGCUUCAGCCACAAGGAGUACUUGCGAACCCAUGUACGCAUCCACACGGGAGAGAAACCCUAUAGCUGUCGCUUCUGUGACAAGUCGUUCACGCAGGGGAGUGCACGGAACACGCAUGAACGGACCCACACCAGGGUCAAACCGUUCAUGUGCGAUGUGCCAACUUGUGGGAUGAGGUUCAGAGAUGGCAGUCAUCUGCGGACCCACAAGCGCAUCCACAGUGACUCCAAGCCAUUCCAGUGUAGGUUCUGUGGCAAAUGCUUCCUCUUUGCCAGUCAGUUGAUGCAGCAUGAGCUUACGCACAGCUCUCUGAAACCCUAUAUUUGUGGUGUUUGUGGAAGAGGGUUCAAUCAGAAGGCAUACUUGCGUGUUCAUGAACGCUUGCAUACGGGUGAGAAGCCCUAUCCAUGCAGAGUUUGCGGGAAGCGAUUCAACCAGAUGACAUCACGGAAUGUCCAUGAACAGAAGCAUGGAAACUGGGGGAUGUAUGACUGCAAGAAGUGUGGUCUGAGCUUCAAAAGAAGUCGAGACCUGCUGCGGCAUGAAUGCAGUGGCUUGGCUGCUGUAAAUGGUGUUCCGCCUAUGCUCUUUCAGCGGCCAAUACAUCCCGCCCCAGUGCCGCAUCAGCAGGUUUUCCCAUGUAGGCAAUGUCCUGAGGUCUUUGCGUCUUCUUCAGAACUUCACCAACACCAGCAGUCUCAUGUGCUGAGGCCAUUUUCCUGCGACAUAUGCAGCAAGCGUUUCACGCACAGGAGCUACCUUGAGAUUCACGUCCGAAUCCAUACUGGGGAGAAGCCUUACUCCUGUAAGUACUGCGGGAAGACCUUUAGUCAAACCAGUUCCAGGAAUGCUCAUGAGAGAAUUCAUGAAAGAAUCAAAGCAGCAAAAGAAGCAGAACAAAAUUGCAAUGAAGCACAAGAAGGUGGUGAGAAAGAAGUUGCAGAUGGAGCCAACGGAGAGAAGGAAGGCGAGAAGGCUUCAGAAACAAAUAGUGAAAAUUCCACUAUGCCUAAUCUUCCAGUGCAUCCAGCUAUCCAGAGCUGUCGUUAUUGCAAUAAAACCUUCACUGAUGCUGCCUUGCUUGUUAGUCACGAACAGACGCACAUGCGGCCAAGAGAUCAUGUUUGUGGCUUUUGUGGGAAGGCUUUUAGCAAAGGCCGAUAUCUACAGAUUCACGAACGAACACACACGGGCGAGAAACCAUAUCAGUGCCGGUACUGUACCAAGCGCUUUACCCAAGGAAGCUCUCGUAAUGUUCACGAGAGGAUACAUGUAAGGAAUGGGGACUAUAAACUCAGCCCUCUAUCCCCUGUAGAUCACAUGCCAUUGCGUAGUCCGAAUGUUCCAUAUGAUACCAUUCCAAAUUACAAUAAUCAGAAUCUCCCGGACCAUCCCAACAAUGCCUUGCGCCCAAUGUACACCUGUAGGUUCUGCAGCAUGCGCUUCGAUGACACUGCUGCACUUGCGCAUCAUGAGAAAGUGCAUGGUAUCAGACCAUUCAUUUGCAACAUAUGCGGGAGGACGUUCACGCAGAGUCGCUACCUGCAGAUCCACGUCCGCACGCACAUCGGCGAGCAGCCUUACCCCUGCCGCUUCUGCAGCAAGCGCUUUUCGCAGUGCAGCGCCAGGAACAUGCACGAACGCAUCCACACCGAGUUCCGACCCCACCAGUGCCCCGUGUGCGGAAAGUCGUUCAUUGUGAACAGUGCCCUGCAGAAGCACCUCCAGAAACAUCAGCUCUCUGGCAAUCCUUCCCUGCCUGGAAGCGAAACAGCGCCACCGCAAAAUAUGCUCUUGCUCUGAUGACUGGUAUGAACCUUUCACAUACAUUCACUGCCUUUUGAUGUUUGCCGUUCAUGUGUUUGCUCGAAGAGGUUAAGACUAAAUUUACAGGCCAUGUAAAUUGAUGGUACCGUUUGGACUACAUCAAUAAGUAGCACAGCCCCCUCACCAGUAAUAUUUAGCAUACAUGAAAAGUAUGAAAAAAAUGCAUGAGUAUGAAAUUAUAAACUAUAAGGAACCAUACUUCAUGGGAAGUAAAGCAGAUGUUCUCCAAUAUCUAUAUCACAAUAGCAACUCGUGAUAUCUGGAUCAAAUAAUACUUACAUGUAUGUACAUGUAUAUCUGCCUUACAUUGAAAUAUUUACUUAUAUGUACAUGUAAGAUCAUGUAUAUCAUCUCUUUCUGUACCAACGCUAUAUGUUGGCAAGCGAUAUCAAAAGGAGAUAUUGGAAAGCGUAGCCUGAAAAUGCAGAUACUGUAACACUACACAAUACACUCUCCAUGUCUAUGUACACCAGUGUUGUAACGACAAUCACCGGCGCGGGUCGGAACUUUCCAGCACCCAAAAUUUCCAGACGGCACUCAAUAAAAUAUCACACCCUUCUGACCGGCACUAAUAUUCCCACCGACAGUGAACUGUAUGAACAUAUCAUUUUAAUGUGUAAAUCCUGAAAGCCACCUAUUUUUCGUUCCCCAGAACCGCCACGACAAAGUGUUGGGCAAUAACAUUUCCAACACAAUAAGGUCCCAGGUGACAACCCUGACGUACACCAAAUAAUGGUAUUGCUAUAUGAACGAAUCAUCCCAUUGAGCAAGUUUAAAGGCCAAGAGUAAUCCAUCGCCAACUUAAAGUGGUGUUCUUGCGCAAAGCCAUUGGGAAUCGCAGAACUCGGUAUUUAACAGGUUAACCCAUUAACUACUAGAACCAGAUGGACCAUUACAAAGCUUUACAGAACUCAGGAGUCCAUGGGGUGCGAAUGCCUAUUGGGUCAAUGGGUGUGGGGUCCAGUCAUGUUGCAGUGACUACUCGGAUUGAUCGAGGGUUUAAAGAGGUCUAGAAAAGUACAGUGUUUGCUGAAUUUGUGUUGAGGUUAAUCGCUGACAUCUUGCCUAGUAGUAAUGUACAUCUUUUUAAAAAAAUUCUGAUUAUUUUUUCUGGGAAAAAAAUGAAUUUGAGGGGGGGUAAUAGUGUGAAAUUAAAUUCUUCCUGUCGACACUUACGGUAUUUUUAAGGUAGAGAUAGAUUGGUUAUUUGAUUUGAGAGAGAGAGGUAGCUUGAGAAGAGGAAUUAGGACUAGGUGAAUAAUACAGCAUUCAUUAAUGAGUGUAGACAGAAAUUGAAAUCUAUUCUAGGGAUUUAGGAAUCAUUUUAAAAAAACUGACAUUACAAUCUUCUCCCUUAUGAAAGUCGGUGGAACUGGACUUGGAUUUCAGCGGAAUCCGCAGAGACUGAAGCUUGUGGUCUUUGGUGAAAGAAGAAGGAAUGAUGGUAGAAAAAGAUAGAAAGAGAGAGAGAGAGAGGGGGGUCAAGUGAGAGAGAUUUCAUGAGAGACAAAGAGGUUGGGAGAGAUCGAUAGCUUUAGCUUUAGCCUGCCUUCCGAUGAUCGGUGUAUUCAAGGAAGUAGUCCGGCCGGGUACCCACUCACCUCACCCGGGUCGGGUGCAGCACAAUGUGGGUAAAUUUCUUGCUUUGACUGGGAUGGCCUGCAGUAACUAGGGGGAAAUGAUCAAGAAUACUAGGGGAUAGAGAGAUUGGUAAUGGUGUUGAUUUUUUACCUGAUUGGUAAGAAAGCAUGAAUGCUUGUGAGCAAGCAACCGGAGGACCAACGGCUUCAGGUCCUCUCCGAGGGAGCGAUAGAAUAGAUAGGUAGAAGGAAAAUAAAGAAGAGCGAGAUAGAGAUAUGGAGUCAUGAUGUGAAGAGGAGUGUUGGAGAGAAGUGUUUAAAAAAAAAUUAUAUCAAUCAUCCUCUGUUGAUAGAGAAGGGUAUGAAUAUUCAUACGAAUAUUCAUACUAUUGUGCCAUUAGGGCCUCUGUCUUGCAAAGAGUUACGAUUGAUCCAAUCAAUCACCGCAACUGUAUGGAAAUCCAUCCACACCUUAAUUUUUCUACAAGAAAUUUGCACAAUCUCCUCAGUAAACAGAGAGAAUCACACUGAAUCUCCAAGAGAACGAUGAAUGUAUGAAUAUACAUCAUUUUGAGGAAAUUUUUUGAACAAAUUUGCAUUUUAGAUGUUGACGUCGCUGGCCGUCCAUACUUGUGGUUGAUUGGAUCAAUCGCAACUCUUCGUAAGACGGGCCCCAGAAUUACGUGCCAUAGUUUUUCAUAAUGAUUCAACUCUAAUCAAUUUCUGUACAUAAAAUGGCAACCUAACCUGAGCCACGUAACACAAAGUCCAGCGAUUGAUAGUAGGGCGAAUUCUUAUGAUUGAUUGCAUUGACCAUGUUGUAUACUCCAUUGUAAAAAUCAAUCGUAUGAUCAGUCGCUAGGCUCUUUGUUACGUGACCCAGGUAUUGGUUUCUCUCUCUAAAGUACAACUCAACCUCGCAAUAAAAUACUAUCAGCAUUAGGAGAGAGAGAGAUAAAAGAUGCUUCAAGAAUAGUUCCUAUAUAAAGAUGAUCGAAUCCACCAAAAAAAGAGAUGAUUUACUCGCAGCUGUUUUAUGAUGUAAUUUUGCCAUGAAAAUGAACCAAACUUUGUAAUUCCUGAUCAUAUUAUGUAUCGUGAUCACUAAACCUUGUAUUUUUGUCUUUUUUAUACAGUUUUAGAGAAUCUAUAUUGGGAUGAAGUGAUUUUUUUUGUUUUUGUUUAUAUGUUGGUAGCGAUGUGUAUAUGUCUUGCCUCAAGAUUCCGUUGCUGAAGUAGUUGACUAUAUUUUGCUGGUCUGUGUGUGUUUUAUGGUGAAGUUC